UGCAUCCUGUCAUAGUUUCUGACCUCUGCCCUUCCCUCCAGUAUGUCCAAAGAACCGUCUUCCAACCUGGAGAACGCAAUGCAGAUGCUGAUCAAAACCUUCCACAAGUACUCGGGGAAGGAGGGGGACAAGUACACUCUGAGCCGUGGAGAGCUGAGAGAGCUGUUAACAGAGGAGCUGGGGAGUUACCUAGGGAAUGCCCGGGAUGGAGAAGGAGUUGAGAAGGUGAUGAAUGACCUGGACGCCAACAGUGAUGGUGAGGUGGACUUCACAGAGUUCAUCAUCCUCAUGGGAGCCCUGACGGUGGCCUGCAACGACUUCUUCAUGGAAUAUAAGCCCGAGAAACUCGUCCACACGCCCUUCAAAACAAAGGAGGCAACGAUAGAGGAGAUUAAAGAGUGAAGGAAA